AUGGCGGACUUGUUUUCUCUUUUCCUUCCCGUAGUUACCCUCUUCUUUCGUGGCAUAUACAGAGGAUUGGUGAGUGAUUUAGGUGGUGCGCAUUUAGGAAGUGGUGAGGAGAGCGAGGCUCAGAUUAGUCAUCUGUCAGCUAUAAUAAAAGAAUCACAUAAUAACAACAAUGGCUGCAAUAAAAAGCUCACUGUGAAAAACGAACGAAACAGUCAAUUUCAUCACAGUGACCCUAAAUUGCCCCGCCAUGUAAUUGCAGCGUUCCUUUUAAAAAUAACUGAUUUUUCCACCGGAAAAUAUCAUCACAGCCACAUAGAAGAAGAAGAAGAAGAAGAGGAACAGGAAAAGACAAUAGAAGUACUUUGGGUUCUUGAUGAUGAUGAUGAUGGGGAUCUCUAA